GUAGCUCGCGCCCGCAGAAAACGUACUUCGCUUUCGUUUCAGCCUAUGGGGUAAACAUCAAGCAUAAUGUUAAUGGUUGGCGGCCCUGAUUAAAGUUCCAAUGCAAGUCUUUCACAUGAGUUCGUCACGAUGUGCGACGUGAGGGGCAGUACCCGAUGUCGACACCGAAUGGCAAUCACCCCGCACGCCCGCACGUCCGGUGCCGCAGAUCAUGUACCAUUAUAUAGAUGUACCAAAAGUACAUAUCGACAGCACCUACUGUGUCACCGAAUACGCGAGGCCUUUUUUCUGUAAACCGUACCACUAUAAUAUCUCACCAUGCCGCUGCCCACUGAAGUCGUCCAAAACCUGAGGCAGACCGUUGAUGCAGCCUGUGCGGACCCAAAGACAUCCAUCCCAGGAACUAGCGUCGUUGUUGUAGGCAAAGAUGGCGAAGAACUCUUUGCGCACGCCGCUGGCCAACGUGGUGUUGCAAGCAACGAGAACAUGACUCUCGACAACGUGUUUUGGAUCGCAUCUUGCACUAAGAUGAUCGCCGGGCUGGCCUGUAUGCAGCUUGUUGAGCAAGGACAGCUACAUCUGGAUGACGGAGAUGAGAUAGAGAGGUUGGUUCCAGAGCUGAAAGAGACGAAAGUACUGCAAAAGGAUGGUAGUCUGGUGGACAAGAAGAGGAAGAUAACACUGAGAAUGCUCUUGACGCAUACCGCUGGCUUCGGCUAUACAUUCUUCAAUGAAUCUCUGUGUGCCGUAUUGGAUGGGUUCGAUGAGUUCUCUGGAGACGUCAAGGACAUACUUCAGCCGCUGACCUUUCAACCGGGCGAGGGCUGGCAGUACGGCGUAAACAUUGACUUCGCUGGCCUGGCUCUCGAACGCAAGACCGGCAUGUCGCUAAACGACUACUGUCAGAAGAACAUCUACGAGCCACUAGGAUUGAAGAAUAUAUCCAUGUUCCCCAACGAGGAUAUGAAAAAGCGACUGGCGUCCAUGCAUCAACGAAACCAAAAUGGCAGCUUGGUCGAGCGAGACCAUCUACUUCUCAAGUCCUUGAAAGCUACGAGCAACGAGAUUGGCGACAUCCUGAACAGCGGAGGUGCAGGUGCUUUCGCAACACCAUCAGACUAUGCGCAAAUCAUCGCAACGCUUCUGAACGACGGCAAGUCAGCCAAAACCGGUGCCCAACUCCUCAAGAAAGAGACAGUAGACCUCAUGUUCACGAAUCAAAUACCACAAUUCCCCGACUUUGGUCGUCAGGGAAUCCCAGCGGCCAAGCCUGACCUCACAAACGCUAUUCCAGACAUAUACCCAGUGGAGGGUAAGCCUCCUCAAGGCUGGGGUCUGACGUUCAUGCUGUCCAACGGAGGCCCGACUGGUCGGUCCAAGAGUACUGGGUUCUGGGCUGGGCUCCCGAACUGCUGGUGGUGGUGUGACAGAGAGAAGGGAGUCGGCGGAAUCGUUUGCAGUCAGAUCCUGCCGUUUGGUGAUCCCAAGGUGCUUGGAUUGUGGUUUGACGUUGAGACGCAGAUCUACAAAGCCUUGGGGGCUUGAUCGUAUGUCAUGUUGGGUGACUCUGCUUAUGCAGUCGGUCCGUUUUGUUUUGACGGAUUCGGCCGGAUGGACGUGAUCGUCAGUGUCUUCAUAUCGAAACUCGCGUCAAAUUGCAUUCUGAGGACCGGUCGAUCUCCUUUCUCUCUUGGUACACUCUUUAAGG